AGGAAACCCUCUAUGAAGCCCCAAUAAGCAAAACUGAGCCUAUAAACAAUAAGAGAGCGAGCGAGGGUUUUCUCUCAGCUCAAAAACGCAAAAAUAAAUAAACAAAUUAAAAAAAAACCAAAAAUAUAAGAAAGUGAUGAGAGGGUCGUUGAACCUAAUAGUACCGCCGAAAUUUUCGUCUCCAUUGAUAUCCUUCAGUCCUCUUUCUCACCUCCAUUUUUCUCACUCUCCUCCUUCCUCUGACCAGUUCAAGGCGGCAUCUAGAAAGCUUAUUUUUGCAACAAAGAUACAGUCAGUGUCAACAAUGGCAACUGAGGAAGAAAAUUUGGGAAAUGUCAAGCGGCAGUUAGCGAAACUCUUUGAAGGGUCGCUUAGAGCGGUAGUUCCUGAUGAGCAAGAUGUAGAGCCUAUGAUUGCGGCUUCUACUGGAAAGUUUGUUGGUGAUUAUCAGUGUAAUAAUGCUAUGCGCAUAUUUUCUAAAAUAAAAGGAAGGGACCCUCAGCUUAGGAACCCUGCAUCUGUCGGGCAGGCUAUCGUGGAACAUCUUCCUCCAUCAGACAUUAUAGAAUCUUGCUCUGUAGCAGGAGCUGGAUUUGUAAAUGUUGUAUUAUCAAAGACUUGGAUGGCUAAGAACAUACAAAGCAUGCUAAUAGGUGGUAUUGAAAAUUGGGCGCCUCAGCUUGCAAUCAAAAGGGCUGUCGUUGACUUUUCCUCACCUAAUAUAGCAAAGGAAAUGCAUGUUGGGCAUCUGAGGUCUACUAUUAUUGGGGACACACUAUCCCGUAUGCUUGAGUUUUCAAAUGUUGAAGUUCUUCGUCGAAAUCAUGUUGGUGAUUGGGGGACUCAGUUUGGCAUGUUGAUCGAAUUCCUUUUUGAAAACUUUCCAAACUCAGAAGAUGUUAGUGAAACUGCCGUUGGAGAUUUGCAGACAUUCUACAAGGCAUCAAAACAGAGAUUUGAUAAUGAUGCUGCUUUCAAAGAGAGGGCACAACGGGCAGUUGUUCUCCUUCAGGGUGGGCAACCUGAGUACCGAAAGGCAUGGGCUCAAAUCUGUGAAAUCAGCCGGAAAGAGUUUGAUAGGGUCUAUCAACGCCUUGGCGUCCAGUUGGAGGAAAAGGGAGAAAGCUUUUACAACCCAUAUAUUCCAGCGGUUUUAAAAGAAUUGAGUGAUCAAGGAUUAAUUGAGGAAAGUCAGGGUGCUCGUGUGAUUUUUCUCGAAGGGUUUAACAUACCUCUUAUUGUUGUCAAGAGUGACGGUGGAUACAACUAUGCGUCAACUGAUCUGGCAGCUCUUUGGUAUCGGCUUAAUGAAGAGAAAGCUGAGUGGAUUAUUUAUGUCACUGAUGUUGGCCAGCAGCAGCACUUUGAUAUGUUUUUUAAGGCUGCAAGGCGUGCAGGUUGGCUUCCCGCUGAUGCUAACUUGUAUCCAAGAGUUAGCCAUGUUGGUUUUGGUCUUGUUCUUGGAGAGGAUGGUAAACGCUUCCGUACCCGCAACACUGAGGUGGUUCGAUUAGUUGAUUUACUUGAUGAAGCCAAGAGUCGCAGUAAAGCAGCACUUAUUGAGCGUGGUAAGGCUGAAGAGUGGACUGAAGAGGAGCUUGAGAAAACAGCUGAGGCUGUUGGUUAUGGUGCUGUUAAGUAUGCUGAUCUAAAGAAUAACAGAUUAACCAAUUACACAUUUGAUUUUGAUCAGAUGCUAAAUGAUAAGGGCAACACUGCUGUUUACUUACUUUAUGCUCAUGCUCGGAUCUGUUCAAUAAUUAGGAAAUCCGGUAAAGACAUCGUGGAGUUAAAGAAAACGGGGGUAAUUGUGCUGGAUCAUGCGGGUGAACGUGACUUGGCGCUUCAUUUGCUACAAUUUUCCGAGAUUGUUGAAGAGGCCUGCACAAAUCUGUUGCCAAACGUUCUGUGUGAAUAUCUUUAUAAUUUGUCAGAAAUAUUCACUAAAAAGUUUUAUUCAAACUGUCAGGUUGUUGGGUCUCCUGAGGAAACAAGCCGACUUCUGCUUUGUGAAGCAACAGCCGUUGUGAUGAGGAAAUGUUUUCAUUUGCUCGGAAUUGUUCCAGUUUACAAAAUAUGAUGUUUAUGCAAUAUAUAAAUUUACACACAUUUAAUAGUCUUUGAAUACAUUUUUCCGUCCAAAACUGUAAAAGUUGUUUACCUCGUGUAUUUGCACUUUUGGUGAAAAAGCUCUGCCCUGCCAACCAAGCGUUUGCAGCGUUUGUAAUUUUGAUCCACUCUCGCUUAAAAUUAAUUAUUCUUACGAAAUCAAAUAUUUAAUUUCGGCUUUA